UAUAUAUAAUAAUUUGCCUUGUCAAUUUUAUUUCUUGAUUCACAUACCAACAAAAUGGACGCAAGGUUGCUACUUGUUUUGAUGGGUAUAUUUCAGACCGCGUUUGGGGCGGUAUCGAUAGGCUCGAUUGAGACACGGCUGGAGCAUGGGACUGAAGUGAAGUUUUGCACAUACAAAGGAAUGCGCCUUCUUCCAACGUCGAUCAUUAUCGACUAUGACGCGUGUAAUGAAUGUCAUUGCAACGAGGAUGGGCUGCGUUGUUACAGCGUCGGUUAUACUGUGAGUGCGAUAGGAAAGUCGAAAUGCACCAAUGUGAAGAUAGCCUGCCAGAAUACGUGGGUGCUGAAAUCUAACAAGAAGAAACCCUGCCCGAAGCAUCUGAUUCCAAAAUCUGUGACAGCAGUUGGAAAAUAAUUAAGACAAUGUCAGUUCUGAGAGCAAGUGAUUCUAUAAAAACACUAAGUUUUUUUUUGCAGAAACAUUUAAUGACAUUAUCAACAAAUUGUAAUUUCCUUUAUAUUUGUUUGGGUUUUGUCGAUAGUUAUAAAAUAAAAUAUUGAUAUGUAUUCAUUCUUGGAUGUUAAAACACGAGCGUUUACACGUUUUAAUUAGUUUUGUUAAUUUUAAAAAAUCGUUUAUUAUAGAAAAAUUUUCUUUCAAUUAUGUUUAUGUGUGGUUAUUUCCUUACGCAAUAUAUUUACAUCAUGCCGAUUAUGUUGACAAAUAAACAUCAAGUUUAGUUUAUUUUCGAAACUAUUCAUGACAAUAUCAAUAAAUUGUGUUCCUCCAUAUUUGCCAUUUUUGUGUUUGGCCGAUCCUUAUAAAUCCAACGACAUAUGUGUUAGUAACGAGAGAUGUGUUAAAUUGACAGGGGAGCAGCUUCAGAUACGCCGUGUAGGUCGCGCCUACUUUUUUAUUUGCGAUAUCCAACAAAUAAGAAUGCGAACUGUUAAAUGAAAUCAGAAAUGCAAAUGGGUAGGGUUAAGUGAUAAAAACAAGGUGUGACAAGGUUGACCAUUCUAUUGGUGUACUGAUUUUAAUAGUUUUUUCUCAUAAGCUUCGCGUCUUACAUGCUCAGUGGUCUGUAACAAUAGCAAGCAAUCGAAGGACGGGACCAUAAUAUUGCAAUUAAGCUUAAGUCCGAUGUCAUCGUCUUUGGGAAAAAGAAACUCACCUUUAAUGUAUUAAAGAUAGAUGUAGUCUUUAAAGUGAUUUGUUUUCAUUUAUCUGUAACUGUUCCGAAUUCAGAAACGCUUUUUUUGCAAUACAGGCAAUCCAAAUAUUAACAAAAAAGUGUGCAAUAUAAGGCCAUUAUAAGUAAGUUUAAACGUAUAUGUUAUCUCAUUUAUUUGAAGCUGAAUCUCUGUUUAGGAGUACUUGCUACUUGUUUAAGCUUUGCAUCUGUUACUCCUUGCAAUGGUACGGCUGGUGUUCUGAAACUUUUUGUAUGACAUUAUAUAGCUUUUUUAACCAUUUUUCAAUAUCAAGUUGGAUCCAAUAAUUUACCAAGAUAAACCCGAUUUCAAAUACUUUUGCAGGUCUGCAAGAACCCUGCGCUUUAGCAACAACGAUCAAAAAGUAUUACAAAACAAAAUAAUACAUCUACAUUUAAAAAGAUAUAAUUUGAACAAAAUAGAUCACACAAAUAUAACUUAAGGAUGUACGAAAUUCUACUGCAUUUUUCCAAAAUAUCCCGAUUGUUUUACUCUAUGUAUGCAGAUUGUCACCUCUGUAUUUGUCACAAAUAUGAAAUAAAAAUUGAGGUCAACGUGAAAGUUAUUUGGAAAAUUUAGUUUUUUUAGGAUCAUACUGAU